AUGGACCCGCACAACGUGUACCUCGACGAGCCCGACCCGGAGUGGGCGCGCCACGCCGCCGCCUACGACUACGUCGUCCUCAACGGCGCCAAGUGGUUCACCCGCCCCGUCGUGCUCCACGAGCGCGGCCGCGUGCUCGGCUGCAGCGACUGCGGCGGCGACCCCAGCAACGCCACCCGCGUGCCGCCGCACCGCGCCGUGCGCGCCUCGUUCCGGACCGCGCUCCGGACGCUGCGCGGCCUCCCCGGGUUCCGCGGCAGGGUGGUCGUCCGGACGGUGGCGCCGCCGCACUACGAGAACGGCAAGUGGUACGACGGUGGGAACUGCCUCCGGACUCGGCCCGUGCGGAGCGGCGAGGCGGCGUCGGCGCUCCCGGAGACGGAGGCCGCGUUCCACGCCGCGCAGGUCGAGGAGUUCCGCGCCGCGGCGGCCGAGGCCGAGCCCGGGCGGUUCGUGCUGCUGGACGUCAGCGGCAUGAUGCAGAUGAGGGGGGACGGCCACCCGGGGCAGUACGGGCACUGGCCGCACGAGAAGGUUGGCUUCGGCAUCGACUGCGUGCACUGGUGCUUGCCAGGCCCCAUUGACGCUUGGAGCGAGCUGUUGCUUCAUCUGCUCACCAGUUAA